CUGAAGUAGGCUCAUUCGCUGACAAGCUGGGGCUGCUGCUACAAAGCCUCUUUCGAGUCAGAUAUGGUCGUCGCUGGUUUCCUCGCCAAGGGGCUUCUGCUCCUUCAGCUCUUGUCGGGUGUAGCGGUCGCUGCCUCGCAGAAUGCCUCAAGACCGCUCUACAAGGACCCCCAUGCGCCGGUCGAGGCGCGAGUCUCGGACUUGCUGGGCCGGAUGACGAUCCAGGAUAAGAUGGCUCAAUUGAUGCAGGGGGAUAUCGGCAAUUGGAUGAACAGCACCGACGGAUCGUUCAACUACAGUGGUCUGGUGGCGAAUAUGGAGAUGAAGGCUGGCGGUUUCUAUGUGGGAUAUGCUGUUCCCUGGGACUGGCUUGCGACCAAUAUCAAGAGAGCGCAGGAUUAUCUGAUUCAGAACACGACGCUGGGUAUUCCUGCGCUUGUUCAGACUGAGGGUAUCCAUGGCUUCCUGCUGGAGAACGCUACCAUCUAUAACUCCCCGAUCGCAUACGGCUGCUCAUUCAACAGAGAUCUGGUCAACCAAAUGGGACAGCUCAUCGCGCAAGAAGCGCUUGCGAUCGGCGCCAAUCAGCUCUUUGCGCCGCUGGCGGAUUUGGCACGGGAGCUUCGUUAUGGUCGGGUCGAGGAGACAUUCUCGGAAGACUCGUAUCUCGCGGGUGAAAUGGCCUACAGCUACAUCACCGGCCUGCAGAGUCGCAAUGUCUCCGCCACCGUCAAGCACUUUGUGGCAUACAGUUUGCCCGAGCAGGGGCUGAACACGGCGCCGGUCCAAGGAGGAGAGAGGUAUCUCCGUUCAACCUGGCUCCCGUCUUUCAAGCGCGCAAUUGUCGAUGCAGGUGUAUGGAGCAUCAUGAGUGCCUACCACGCAUACGAUGGCAUCCCCGCCGUCUCCGACUGGUACACUCUGACAAAGAUCCUGCGCGAGGAAUGGGGCUACAAAUACUGGGUAUUCAGCGACUCCGGCGCCACAGACCGUCUCUGCACGGCCUUCAAGCUCUGCAGAAGCUCCCCGAUUGACAUGGAAGCCGUGACCAUGAUGGCGCUGCCCGCAGGCACCGACGUCGAAAUGGGGGGUGGCUCAUUCAACUACCAGAAGAUCCCUGAGCUGGUCGAGUCCGGCAAGCUGGACAUCGACAUCGUCGACACCGCCGUCUCCAGAUUCCUCCGCGCAAAGUUCGAGAUGGGCAUCUUUGAGAACCCUUACCCUGCUGCUCCCCAGUCCCAGUGGAAGGAUCUCAUCCACACCCCCGAGGCUGUCGAGCUCGCUAAGACCCUGGACAUGGAGUCUAUCGUUCUGCUGGAGAAUCACAAUAAGACUCUUCCUCUGAGCAAGAGCGGCAGUAUUGCCGUGAUUGGACCGAUGGCUCACGGAUAUAUGAACUACGGCGACUACGUGAUCUACAACAGCCAAUGGCACGGCGUGACGCCCCUCGACGGCAUCAAAGCCGCCGUCGGCGACGCAGCCACCAUCAACUACGCGCAGGGCUGCGAGCGCUGGAGCAACGACGAGUCCGGCUUCGAGGAGGCCAUCGCCGCGGCCAAGAAAUCUGACGUCGCUGUCGUCGUCGUGGGAACCUGGUCGAGAGACCAGACUGAGCUCUGGAGUGGGUAUAACGCGACAACCGGCGAACACGUCGACCUCGACAACCUCAACCUCGUGGGCGCCCAAGCGCCGCUCAUCCGCGCAAUCCUAGCCACCAACACGCCCACCAUCGUCGUCCUCUCUAGCGGCAAGCCCCUCACCGACGUCGUCUGGCUAGGCAACAGCACCUCCGCUCUGAUCCAGCAAUUCUACCCCUCAGAACAAGGCGGCAACGCCCUCGCCUCGAUCCUCUUCGGCGACUACAACCCCUCCGGCAAACUCUCCGUCAGCUUCCCGCACUCCGUCGGCGACCUCCCCAUCUACUAUGAUUACCUCAACAGCGCGCGAGACAUCGGCACGGCCGGACAAGCCUUCCCCAACGGGACCCUCGACUUCGGAUACCAGUACGUCCUCGGGGAUCCGCACGCGGUCUAUCCCUUCGGUUUUGGCCGGAGCUACGUCGAUUUCGCGUACACUGGGGUGCGCGUCGACAAGAGUACGGUGUCGGUGAACGACACGGUGCGGGUGAGCGUUGAGGUGGAGAAUCUGGGGGACGUGGAGGGCACCGAGGUCGUGCAGGUUUAUUUGGUCGAUGAGAUUGCGAGUGUCGUGGUGCCGAAUCGGUUGCUGAAGGGGUUUGAUAAGGUCGUCAUCAAGGCUGGGGAGACGGUCACGGUGGAUGUCGAUAUUAAGGUCCAGGAUUUGGGCGUCUGGGAUGCCAGGAUGAGGUAUGUGGUUGAGAAGGGCGUGUUUGGCGUGUUGGUGGGAGGGAGUUCGGUGGAUAUUCGGGGGAAUACGAGUUUUACUGUUGUUUAGAUAGUUAGAGAGAUGAUUGUUGCUAACUAAAGUGAACUCCGUCUGCUUGCCCGAUUGAGGUGCCGCCGCUUUUAGGUAUGAGGGCAGCACGUGAGCGAUCUGUAUAUGCCCUGAGGUAGAACUGGUAUAUAUAUAUAUAUAUAUAUAUCCAGUCAUCAAUAACAACAACAACAACAACAACAGAGGCG